GCUCCGUGAUUCGCUGCUUCAGCGAGCUCGAAGAAGAGGCCAUGUCGCAUUCCUCGUCUCUGUUGAAUCCUCAAGCUCACCAAAUCCUCUAUCCUUUUCCCAUUUUCUCUUCUUCUGCUUCUCCACGCAAUCUUUGGCCUUUGCGAACUGUGAAGUUUCCGAGGAAGCUUCCUUCUCCGCUACUAGCUUUUCAGUCCUCUAAUGAAGUACAUGUUGACGACUUGGAAGAACAUGUUAUCGGCGACUGUGUCGUCUUCGAAGACGGCAUAUUCGAAGACCCAGUUCUUCAGGGAGACCUGGACAUUGAUAAUUCCGGCUCAGAUAAUUCGAAACCCAAAUCGAAGAAAAAUGUCCCGGAGAUUGUGCCGGAGAAUUUGGUCCCCGACCGGUGGAGAGAAGCUCAGGCGGAGAUCAACAUCACGAAGAAGGAGAGGCGCAAGAUUGCUCAGGAGAUUGAAUUCAAUAGCAAAGUCGAGAAGAAGAAACAAGGGAUGGUUCCCCUGAGGCAUAUGAACCUGGAAGAAUAUAAGGCGUAUAAAGAGGCCAAAUUGGCUCACCUGAAGCCCUUGGUUCUCGACAACCCUUCGAGUUUUCCGGUGAGAGAGGAGGUUCCCAUCGGAAAAGAAGUUAAUGUGAGUAAUAUGCAUACUAGCGAACGCGUGGAGCCUAAGAAUCCUAGGUGGGCAGUUUACGGCAGGGGUCUGGAGGACGUUUCAGACUUUUUCAGUAGUGAGAAGUACAAUCCUAGUGAAAAGAAUACCGAAGGUCAAGACCGUCGUAGGUUGUUUACAAAGGAGGAGAAGGUUUUAUUGAAUAAGCGGAUACCAGAUUUGGCAGCUGCUACUUCUGAAAAGUGGCUGCCUCUGCACACUCUUGCUGCAUGUGGAGAAUUUUACCUUGUAGAUUCUUUGUUGAAACAUAAUGUUGAUAUCAAUGCUGUUGAUAAGGAUGGUUUGACUGCUCUUCACAAGGCCAUAAUUGGUAAAAAGCAGGCCAUAACCAACUACCUUUUGAGAAAUUCAGCUAAUCCAUUUGCACUUGAUAAAGAUGGGGCAACCUUGAUGCACUAUGCUGUUCAGACAGCUUCCAGCCAGACGAUUAAAAUCCUCUUACUAUAUAAUGUUGAUAUAAAUCUUCAGGACAAUGAUGGGUGGACACCAUUACAUGUUGCUGUUCAAGCCCGAAGAACGGAUGUUGUGAGGCUUCUACUUAUUAAAGGUGCUGACAAGACUAUAAAAAACAAGGAUGGUUUAACUCCACUUGACCUUUGUCUUCAUUCUGGCCAAGACUUGAGAACAUACGAGCUAAUCAAGCUGUUGAAGCAGCUUCCAAGGCGUUAGAGUAAGAUAACAAAUGGGGCUCGGAAAGAAUAGAUAUGCUUGUAAGAUUUGGAGAAAAAGACCAAAGCUAAGCUUUGUCAAGUUUUGCAUGAUAGUGAACAGCACUCCAGCAUGUACGUUAAUAGAAGUACUAAUAUUAGCUUUACAGAUGAAAGGCGAUGUGCCAAUGGAAGCCUACGAUUUGAGAGUCUAUAGAAAUGAACAGAAUUUGUACCGUCAUGUGCUGCAUAUUGUUGCUUGUAAUAUAUGAGUUGAACUGUAAAAUGAUGUUAUAGCGAUGGUAUGAACAGAUUAACGUCUAAUUAACCCAAGACCUAGAGUAAUA